AAAAGACACUUGUUGCUCUUCCGAGCGGGGUCACGGCCCAGCCGGCGGGAGCCGGGUUUGGAGAGUCCGGGGCACUCGGAGAAUCCGGGUAACCCCGGCUGGAGCCAUGUCCCGGAACCUGCACACUGCUCUCAUUUUCGGUGGCUUCAUCUCCCUGAUCGGCGCCGCCUUCUACCCCAUCUACUUCCGGCCCUUAAUGCGGCUGGAGGAGUACAAGAAGGAACAAGCCAUUAAUCGAGCUGGUAUUGUUCAAGAAGACGUGCAGCCACCAGGGUUGAAAGUGUGGUCGGAUCCAUUUGGCCGGAAAUGAGAAGAUGAACACCACCUCUAGUGAUGCAAGUAGACAGAGACGUCAUGCUUUCAGUUCUGCAGCAAGCGCAAUAAGUCACCUGGCUAGGGAACACUGGCUGGAGCAGAAAACUCUAGAAGGCCAUAAAGAGUCCUGUGCAUGAGGAUUACGUCCCUUCUUAAAAGAACCCUGGAACAAAUCAUGCUAUUAGGAGGGUUUUCAUGAUUUGGUUUCCUUUCUAAAAAUGAAGCUGUCUCACUCAGCUGGGCUUGAAGGCUAUCUACAUAUUAUUGAGUCUCUACCUCUUAGCCAGCCACGCUGUGAUGUGAAUACAAGCAACCAGUAGACUGGGAAAGAUCCUAGACUGUUCCAUCCUCCAAAUAGGAAAUUUCAGGGGAAAACUACCAUAUUGAGCAGCCUCAUAGGGCUCUUUGAAAAGGUUAAAG